UCUUGUUGUGGCUAGCGGCACACCGGCUUCCCUGUGGUAGCUGCGCCGCUUUGCACGUUGCUAGUUAGUUGCAAUGUUGUAGCUAUUAGCACGAGAGCCAUUAUUUCGCUGUGAGGGAGACCUGACAUUUAGUCUGACAAACCCACGGAGUUGAUUCUCUGUCAUUCAUAGUCCAUUCAGCAGCCAGCCGCCGGCUAACGGAGACUACUCAACGAGAUACUUGCUAGCUUGUUGCCUUUCUUUUAGCCCGCUAGCCUAUCCAGCUAGCUAGUUAGCCUCUAGCGCUCCACCGUCUCCUCCCUGAGCACUAACCGUCUACUGCCCGGCUGGUGGACCAUGGCGAUGAGACAGACUCCGCUCACCUGCUCCGGUCACACCCGGCCUGUGGUCGACUUGGCCUUCAGUGGGAUCACACCUUAUGGCUACUUCCUCAUCAGCGCCUGCAAAGAUGGCAAGCCCAUGUUGCGCCAGGGAGACACAGGGGACUGGAUUGGCACGUUUCUGGGUCACAAAGGUGCUGUCUGGGGAGCCACUCUGAACACAGACGCAACCAAAGCAGCCACCGCCGCAGCUGACUUCACAGCAAAGGUGUGGGAUGCAGUGAGUGGAGACGAGGUCCUCACACUGGCUCACAAACACAUUGUCAAGACUGUCAACUUCACACAGGACAGCAACUGUCUGCUGACUGCAGGGAACGACAAGCUGCUGCGGAUCUUUGAUCUCAGUAACCCUGAAGCAGCACCACAGGAGAUUGCAGGCCACACCUCAGCCAUAAAGAAAGCUUUGUGGUGCAAUGACGACAAGCAGAUCCUCUCAGCUGCCGACGACAAAACCAUACGGCUUUGGGACAGGAGCUCCAUGGAGGUGGUGAAAACACUGACGUUUGACACAUCUGUGAGUAGCAUGGAGUACGUGGCGGAUGGAGAGAUUCUCGUGAUUACAUAUGGAAAGACGAUCGCUUUCUACAAUGCUCUGAGUUUGGACCUGAUUAAGAGUGUGGAGGCCCCAGCUACCAUUAACUCAGCCUCCCUCCAUCCAGAGAAGGACUUCUUUGUUGCCGGUGGAGAAGACUUCAAGCUCUACAAAUUUGACUACAGCAGCAUGGAAGAGCUGGAGUCCUAUAAGGGUCACUUUGGUCCUGUGCACUGUGUGCGGUUCAGUCCAGACGGCGAGCUUUACGCCAGUGGCUCUGAAGACGGCACCCUCCGACUGUGGCAGACGGCGGUGGGGAAAACUUACGGCUUGUGGAAGUGUGUCCUCCCUGAGGACCUGGGGGCAGAGAACUCUGAGCAGCUGUACACCCCAGCCCCUGAGAUCAAAGCCUGAGGAGAGAGUUGUAUUGUUUGGAAAAGGGGAUGAGAAGAGGAAAGGAGACGAGCCGAUAGGUGUUCCACCGUGGUCCAUCAGGCCCCAGCAGGGAGCAGAGUCCAGAGCAUCUCUAUCCAUCAGGAACUGAUGUGGAUACCAUGACUGCCCUGUCUGUUAGAACAGCCAUCUCUCUCUCUCGCGUGCACACACACACACACACACACACACACACACACACACACACACACACACACACACACACACACACACACACACACACACACACACACACACACACACACACACACACACACACACACACACACACUGAUUUCAUGCAGUCAUAUGGACAGUAUGGGUUGGAGAGUAAAGCAGUAGAGCUGUGAAUGUCUGUCGUUCAUCGCUGCCUGCUCUCUCUCUAAUCAGCCCAGUUCUGUCUUUCUGUUAAAAAUAAUUUUAAUUUCUCUCUGCCCCUAAAUUCCACCGCAAACCAUAUGAUGCUAAGAUCGAUUUUGGUUCCAAAAUUAAAGUAAUUAAUGAGCUUGAUGAAGGCUUUUGUUUUCAGUUCAUUGUUACAGGGAUACUGGAGACAGAUGCACAAGUUGUGCACAAAGGUGCUUUCAUUUGUUCGGAAAAACCUUGCUUUGAGUAUUCGCUGCUGUUGUACUGGUUGAGUAUAUGAUGUUUAGUGUCCAAAUAAAAGAAAAUAUUGUUUAGUGACAAAGUGGAAAGGGAAAAAAUGUCAUUGGAGUUUUUUUUUCUCAUUUUGGGUUCUGUCCUCAUUUAUGUCCAGUGAUGAAAUAAACCAAUGCAUUACAGAUUUAUUUUUACGUAAUGCAAGAAGAGCAAA